AUGGAGCAACUGACAACCCUCCCACGGCCUGGGGACCCUGGAGCCAUGGAGCCAUGGGCACUGCCUGCCUGGCAGAGCUGGACUCCAGGCCAGGGGGGCGAACCUGGAGGCGCAGUCCCAAGUGAUGCUGAUACUCCAGCAGCUCUGAAGAUUAGAGCUCUGAGUCCCGAGGAGAGUCCUGAGCCCAAGGGAGGCCAGAGCUCUGGGCUUGUGGGGGGCAUUGACCCUGAAGGAGCAGAGGCCGGGCCACCCAGCCUGGGGCAGCAAGAAGCGAGCUCUGGACCUAGCUGCCUGAGGCUGCAGGAUGAGGAUGCGGAGGCUUUCCCUAAGGCCAAGCUGAACAUGGGCUUCGGGGACAGGCCCAAUUUGGAGCUGCUGAGGGCCCUGGGGGAGCUGCAGCAGCGCUGUGACAUCCUUAAGGAGGAAAAUCAGAUGCUGAGGAAGAGCAGCUUCCCCGAGACAGAGGAGAAGGUGCGGAGGCUGAAGCGGAAGAAUGCCGAGCUGGCGGUCAUUGCCCAGCGGCUGGAGGAGAGGGCCCGGAAGCUGCAGGAAACCAACCUGAGGGUGGUGAGUGCCCCCGUGCCCCGUCCAGGGCCCAGCUUGGAGUUGUGCCGGAAGGCCCUAGCCCACCAGCGAGCCCGGGACCUCAGUGAGACAGCCAGCGCACUGCUGGCCAAGGACAAGCAGAUUGCUGCUUUGCAGCGGGAGUGCAGGGAGCUGCAGGCCAGGCUCACCCUGGUGGGCAAGGAGGGCCCCCAGUGGCUCCACGUGCGGGACUUCGACCGGCUGCUGCGCGAGUCCCAGCGGGAGGUGCUGCGGCUGCAGAGGCAGAUCGCCCUGCGCAACCAGCGAGAGCCGCCCCCGCCGGCCCGGCCCCCGGGCCCCGCUGCCCGGGCCAGAGCAGGGGCGGCGGCUCCCGGGGCCCCGGGCGAGGCCGUGCCCCUGGAGAAUGUGACCAACCCACCCGUGGUCCUAGGGGAGCCAGAGAAACAACAGAGGGUGCAGCAGCUGGAGUCGGAGCUCAGCAAGAAGCGGAAGAAAUGCGAGAGCCUGGAGCAGGAAGCCCGGAAAAAGCAGAGGCGUUGUGAGGAGCUGGAACUGCAGCUGAAGGAAGCCCAGGAUGAGAAUGCCCGCCUCGUGCAGGAGAACUCUCGGCUCAGCAGCAGAGCCACCGAGAAGGAGCAGGUGGAGUGGGAGAAUGCGGAGCUGAGGGGCCAGCUCCUGGGGGUGACAGAGGAGAGGGACUCAGCCCUUCGCAAGAGCCAGGGCCUGCAGAGCAAGCUGGAGAGCCUGGAGCAGGUUCUGAAGCACAUGCGGGAGGUGGCCCGGCGGCGGCAGCAGUUGGAGGCAGAGCAUGAGCAGGCGCGGCUCAGCCUGCGGGAGAAGCAGGAGGAGGUCCGGAGGCUGCAGCAGGCCCAGGUAGAAGCCACGAGGGAGCAUGAAGGGGCUGUGCAGCUGCUGGAGUCUACCUUGGAUUCCAUGCAGGCCCGGGUUCGAGAGCUUGAGGAGCAGUGCCGCAGCCAAACCGAGUGCUUCAGCCUCCUGGCUCAGGAGCUCCAGGCCUUCCGCCUGCACCCCGGCCCCUUGGAUCUGCUCACCUCUGCACUGGGCUGCGGUGCCCUUGGGGACCGCCCACCACCCCCCUGCUGCUGCUCCACCCCACAGCCCUGCCAUGGGUCCGGCCCCAAAGACCUUGACCUUCCACCGGGCUCCCCAGGGCGCUGCACUGCAAAGUCUUCCGAGCUCGCCCCUGCCACCCUUACUGGGGUCCCUCGAAGGACGGCCAAGAAGGCAGAGUCUCUCUCCAACUCCUCUCGCUCCGAGUCCAUCCACAACAGCCCCAAGUCAUGCCCUACACCUGAGGUGGACACAGCCAGUGAGGUGGAGGAACUGGAGGCAGACAGUGUCUCCCUGCUCCCAGCAGCACCAGAGGGCAGCCGGGCAGGAGCCAGGAUCCAGGUCUUCCUAGCGCGCUAUAGCUACAACCCCUUCGAGGGCCCCAAUGAGAAUCCGGAGGCAGAGCUUCCGCUGACAGCUGGCGAGUACAUCUACAUCUACGGCAACAUGGAUGAGGAUGGCUUUUUUGAAGGAGAGCUCAUGGAUGGCCGAAGGGGCCUGGUCCCUUCCAAUUUCGUAGAGCGUGUGUCCGAUGACGACCUCCUGACCUCUCUCCCUCCGGAGCUGGCUGAUUUGUCCCACAGCUCAGGCCCUGAACUCAGUUUCCUGAGCGGAGGCGGAGGUGGCAGCAGUAGCGGGGGCCAGAGCAGCGGGGGACGUAGUCAGCCCAGACCAGAGGAGGAGGAUGCGGGGGAUGAGCUCAGUCUGAGCCCCCCACCAGAGGGCCUGGGCGAGUCUCCUGCUGUGCCUUAUCCCCGCCGCCUGGUGGUCCUCAAGCAGCUGGCCCACAGUGUGGUGCUGGCCUGGGAGCCACCUCCCGAGCCAGUGGAACUACUCGGCUUCCAUGUCUGCGUAAAUGGGGAGCUGCGGCAGGCCCUGGGGCCUGGGGUGCCCCCCAAGGCUGUGCUUGAGAACCUGGACCUGCGGGCUGGGCCCUUCCAUGUUUCUGUGCAGGCCCUGACCAGCCGGGGCAGCUCCGACCCUCUGCGCUGUUGCUUGGCAGUGGGUGCUCAGGUCGAGGUGGUACCUAGUCAGCUGCGGGUCCAUCGGUUGACAGCCACAUCUGCUGAAAUCACCUGGGUGCCCAGCAAUAGCAACUUGGCCCAUGCCAUCUACCUCAAUGGGGAAGAGUGCCCACCUGCCCGCCCCAGCACCUACUGGGUCACCUUCUGCCACCUGCGGCCUGGCACACUCUAUCAGGCCCGAGUGGAGGCUCAGGUCCCACUCCAAGGGUCCUGGGAACCAGGCUGGGAGAGGCCGGAGCAGCGGGCUGCCACCCUGCAGUUCACCACACUCCCAGCAGGCCCACCAGAUGCCCCCCUGGAUGUGCAGAUUGAGCCGGGGCCCUCCCCUGGCAUCUUGAUCAUCAGCUGGCUCCCAGUCACCAUUGACGCUGCCGGCACCUCCAACGGUGUCCGGGUCACUGGCUACGCCAUCUAUGCUGAUGGGCAGAAGAUCAUGGAGGUGGCCUCGCCCACGGCAGGCAGCGUGCUGGUUGAGUUGUCCCAGAUGCAGCUGCUGCAGGUGUGCCACGAGGUGGCUGUGCGUACCAUGUCACCCCACGGCGAGUCGGCUGACUCCAUCCCAGCUCCUGUCGCUCCAGCCCUGGCUCCCACCUGCCUGCCAACCAGGAUCUCUUGCCCCUCAUCACGACCAAGCCCAGAGGCCAGACCACCCCUUGCUCCAGCCUCCCCAAGUCCUGGAGACUCCAGCUCUCCCCUCCGGCACCCUGUCCCCCAUGGAACUCAAGAGCCCCCCGGGGGCCCUCCGGCAAGCCCUCCCAGAGAGACACCAAAAGGAUCCCAAGAAAAGCCUCUAGCACCUUGCUCCCAGGGGGAGGCCCGGGCAGCUAUGCUGGGUGCCUCAGAGGAGAGGAGCGCCGUUGAGCCAGCCCUUGGUGAGAGAGGCCCUGGCCCUGCGGCUCCCUCACUGGCCCAUCAGGAGGCCGAGUGGACUGUGGAAGAGGCCCGCCCGGUACCCUGCUCCACCCGGGGAGCACUGACCCAGAGGCCACCGAGUCCUGAGGCCUGCCACGGAGGAGACACAGGGUCUGGGCUGAGACCCAGGACUGAGAGGGAGGACGCGGCAGAACUUGGGGUUCGCCUUGUGAACUCCCUUGUGGAUCAUGGCCGCAGCUCAGACUUGUCGGACAUCCAGGAGGAGGAGGAGGAGGAGGAGGAGGAGGAGGAGGAGCUGGGUUCCAGGCCUUGUUCCUCCCAGAAGCAGGUUGCUGGCAACAGUAUCCGGGAGAGUGGGGCAAAGCCCCAGCCCGAGCCCUUUUGUGAGACUGACAGUGACGAGGAGAUUUUGGAGCAGAUCCUGGAGCUGCCCCUCCAGCAGUUCUGCAGCAAGAAGCUCUUCAGCAUCCCCGAGGAGGAGGAAGAAGAGGAAGAGGAGGACGAGGAGCCAGGGGCGGGCCGAGACUCUGGCCCACCUGAACAUGCAUUGCUGGGGCCGGGCUGUGACAGUGGUCAGCCCCAAGGACCUGGCCUGUGUCCCUUGUCUCCUGAGCCCUCCAGAGCUGGGGACCGCCUGGAGUAUAUGCCUGGACUAGUUGGUGGAAGCAGCCGGAAGAGAGGCGGUGGUUCCCCUGAGAAGCCCUCAGACCGCAGGCGGCCUCCAGAUCCCCGUGAACACUGCAGCCGGCUUCUCAGCAACGGCGGGCCCCAGGCCACUGGACGACCAGGCCCCACCCGGGAGAGGGGUGGCCUGCCUGUGAUUGAGGGCCCCAGGACAGGACUAGAGGCUGGUGGGAGAGAGCGGCCAGGUCCUUCCUGGAGGUGCCCCCGGGGCGGGGCCCCAGAAUCUGCCCUGGCCAGCUACCUGUCCCCCAGGUGCUUGGAAAUCAGCAUUGAAUAUGAUUCUGAGGACGAGCAGGAGGUGGGCAGUGGGGGCAUCAGCAUCACCAGCUCCUGCUACCCCAGAGAUGGGGAGGCCUGGGGCACAGCAGCCGCAGCAAGGCCCAGGGGGCCUCUGAAGGCCAGUUCGGGCCCCAGCCCCUACUCCCGCCUCCCAGCCUGGGAGAAAGGGGAGCCAGAGCGGAGAGGCCGCAGUGCGACGGGCAGAACCAAGGAGCCGCCCUCCCGGGCAGCAGAGACUGGGGAGCCACGAGGGCAGGACAGCUCGGGCUGGAGGGGCCCCCAGAGGAGAGGGGCCCGAGCCCCCAGGCCAGAUGCCGCUGAGCCGGCCCCUUCGAGGAGCCCCCCAGAAGCCCCGUCUGACCAGGACCUGCCUGUCAGGGUCUUUGUGGCUCUGUUUGACUAUGACCCCGUGUCAAUGUCACCCAACCCUGAUGCUGGAGAAGAGGAGCUCCCCUUCAGGGAGGGGCAGGUCCUGAAGGUGUUUGGGGACAAGGAUGCUGAUGGCUUCUACCGGGGUGAAGGUGGGGGCCGCUCAGGCUACAUCCCUUGCAACAUGGUGGCUGAGGUGGCUGUGGACAGUCCCUCGGGGACACAGCAGCUGCUGCAGCUGGGUUAUCUCUCUCCAGAUGUUCUCGUUGAGGGCUCAGGGAAUGGUUCCUUUGUGUACCCCACAGCCCGCACAACUGGGCCUCCCCCCAAGCCCCGCCGCUCUAAAAAAGCUGAGUCGGAAGGCCCUGCCCUGCCCUGUCCAGGGUCCCCCAAGGCAGUCCCUUCUGCUGACCUGAAAGCUCCCUGCUCCAUGGUGGCUGCAUUUGACUACAACCCCCAAGAGAACUCCCCCAACAUGGAUGUGGAGGCAGAGCUGCCCUUCCGGGCAGGGGACGUCAUUACUGUGUUCGGGGGCAUGGACGAUGAUGGUUUUUACUAUGGAGAACUGAACGGACAAAGGGGCCUGGUUCCAUCCAAUUUCCUGGAGGGCCCCAGGCCUGAGGUGGGCGGCCCGGACAGGCAGCCUGGGAUAUCCCAGGCUGAGAGUCAGAGAACGAGGAGGAGAAGAGUCCAGUGCUAGAUGGAGAUAGAUAUAU